UUCUCCAACCAAUGUUUCAUCACUCUCGGCCGUCAUUGUCUCAGGUUGAGGGUCUACAGACACCAAUCUUCUCAACACCAGGAAAAUAAAGCCCUUCAGCCUUCCCAGACCUACAUGUUUCUUGCUAGUCGACCACUGCUCGCUGCUAUUUCCUUUUCCCAUCUGAUGAUGCCGGGCUUUGAAACCUCUACUACAUACUUACGGUAGCGUGGACGGCAUCGUAGAUGGCAGUUGUUGUAAUCCCUAGAAAUAUGCAUACUAUUGCGUGGACUCUUACAAUAUGACUGAACAAAUCCGGACCCAGACGGCAUUUGAUCAAAGAAAGCCAAGCAUCCUCAGGAUAAAUCGAGCGCAAGAGAGAAACACACCUCGAUCGAAUAUGUAUAUCUCGAACGCUCUGCUGAUUGCCUGCGCGGCCUACGCACCAUUUGCUACCGCAGCGGUGCAGGCCAUACCUGCCGCCGCUGCCAUCACAACGAGCGCUGCCUAUCCCGAAGUUUCCUCUACGACGCCCACGCUGGCUUCCACCUCGACUACUUCGUCCCCACUUAUUUUAAGCAGCAGCAACAUCGACGCGACUGCCACUACCGCCAGCUCGGAAGUUCACUCCGCAAGUUUGUCGAAUUUUUCUAGCCACACGCCAACUUUUAGCCGUCACUUCGCCAGCUCUGCUAUCGCCAGCUCUGCUACCGCCAGCUCCGUGCGUGCUAGCUCUUCUGUGGCCGCCAGCCCUUCCUUCACUAGGUCCUAUAUCACCAAGACCACCACCCUUCCCACUCAAGGUGCUUCCGCCGACACAAAAUCUGAAUCCGGAUCCUCUAAUUCCGCCGGCGCAGCCGAGGCGACUGAGACCAGCGCUGCGGUCCCAUCCACCAAAUUAUCGAGCGGCCUUGCCGCUGGUGUCUUGGCUGCCGUUGGUCUGAUCAUGCUUUGAGCUCGUUUGGCGCAACUGUCUUCCUUGGAUGUCCGAGCUCAGUGUCUCGUCCUCUGCUUGAACACAAAUGGCCUCUCAUUCCCUCUGACAGGGGGUACUAGCUACGGUGGCGAUGACAGGAGGCCGUGCGGCUGUUCUGUCUACCAGUUCUGAUUUCCACCGCGCUAUUGUAGAGCUCAUACUUGUGAUGGAAAGCAACAAGCAAUUCAAUAUUCGAGGUUUGAUGUAUCAGCCCAGUGUUGGCAGAAAAUUUACUGUAAUAUUCCCGAGCAAGAGCUGA